AAAAAAAAGUUGGAGAAGAGGGAAGCGACUAGCACCUUUUUCUAGUUUUCCGUUUAUUUUCUAUAAGGCGGGUGAUUUCGGGUCUUUUCAUCGGAGAAUAUGAGCAACGUUACCGGCGAUCGAACUGACGACGGCCUUUCCAACGCCGUCGCAGUCUCCGCCUCUACAGCUGUCCACAGCUCCCCUCCUACUGAUCGUCCUGUCCGCGUCUACGCCGAUGGGAUCUACGAUCUUUUCCACUUUGGUCACGCUCGAUCUCUCGAGCAGGCCAAGAAAUCGUUUCCAAACACUUAUCUUCUUGUUGGAUGUUGCAAUGAUGAAACUACCCAUAAGUACAAGGGAAGAACUGUAAUGACUGCAGAAGAGCGAUAUGAAUCACUUAGGCAUUGCAAGUGGGUGGAUGAAGUCAUCCCAGAUGCACCAUGGGUGGUCAACCAGGAGUUUCUUGACAAACACCAUAUUGACUAUGUAGCCCAUGAUGCUCUUCCGUAUGCCGAUUCCAGUGGAGCUGGAAAGGAUGUUUAUGAAUUUGUUAAGAAAGUUGGGAGGUUUAAGGAAACUAUGAGAACUGAAGGGAUAUCAACCUCAGACAUUAUUAUGAGAAUAGUGAAAGACUACAACCAGUAUGUCAUGCGUAACUUGGAUAGAGGAUAUUCAAGGGAAGAUCUUGGAGUUAGCUUUGUCAAGGAAAAGAGACUUAGAGUUAAUAUGAAGCUAAAGAAACUCCAGGAGAGGGUGAAAGAACAACAAGAAAAAGUGGGAGAAAAGAUCCAAACUGUAAAAAUGCUGCGUAACGAGUGGGUGGAAAAUGCAGAUCGUUGGGUAGCUGGAUUUCUUGAAAUAUUUGAAGAAGGUUGCCACAAGAUGGGAACUGCAAUCGUAGACAGUAUCCAGGAGAGGUUGAUGCGACAAAAGUCUGUAGACAUGCUCGAGAACGGUCAGGAUGAUGACACAGACGACCAGUUCUAUGAAGAAUACUUCGACCAUGACAUGGGUAGUGAGGACGACGAAGAUGACAAAUUCUAUGAUGAGGAAGAAGUAAAAGAAGAAGAGAAAGAGAAAACGGUUUAGACGGAUGCAAUAGACAACAAGUAAGAACAAAUUUGGCAUGCAUAAACCGCAGGUUAGUUACUUAUGGCCACUUCUACUAAGCUCCCUUAGCCUCUCACCCUCUCUCUCUAUGGAUCAGUGAAAUGCAUCUACUUAACAUAUAAUAUCAAUGUUUAGAAAGAAAGAGAGAGAGUGUGUGAUGUGUGUGUGUUUGUGUGUUGAACAAACGAACGUGCGUGGUUGUCUUUGGUGAGUUGUCUCAUCUUUGUUGAUUUUUUGAAUACGCAUGUUUUUUCAUGUAUUUUUUUCUUUUCUUCUUUUUAUGAUUGGCAAAGUGUUAUGAAGUAACAAUGCAAUUGUCUGGGACAGGAUAAGUCAAUGAUUCGUGUAUGCCACAAAGUAAACAUCGUGUAUUCAUAUUCCAA